ACAUCCCGGCUUGGAGAUAACGAACGAAAAUAAAUUGCUUUAUUGAACAGUCUCCAGUGCGUCAUUUCACUGUGUACUGUUACCGAGAUGAUCGGUUCAAUUGGAGCUGCUGCGGCAGCAAUUUGUGUAGUUUUAUGCACUGUUGCUUUUCAAGUGGGAGCUGGCGCGGCUGAGGUCAAGUUCAAGUACGAAAUCAAGGAGUUCCAAGUGCCGCUGGAUCAUUUCAGCUUUCUGAGCAAUGCCACCUUCAACAUUCGGUACCUGUACAACGAUUCCUUUGUGGACAAGAAGAAUGCGCGUACCCCGAUCUUCUUUUACACGGGCAAUGAGGGCGACAUCGAGCUGUUUGCGCAGAACACGGGCUUCAUGUGGGAGCUAGCUGAGAAGCAGCGGGCCCUACUCAUUUUUGCGGAACAUCGCUAUUAUGGAAAAUCACUGCCAUUCGGCGCCUCAACCUUCAACGCCAGCAUGCCGGAUCACUUGGCCUACUUUACGGUGGAGCAGACGCUGGAGGAUUACGCAAUGUUGAUCACCUUCCUACGCAACGAUCUUCCGCUUCCGGUGGUGGCCUUUGGAGGCUCUUAUGGCGGCAUGCUGGCGGCCUGGUUCCGCAUGAAGUAUCCGCACCUUGUGGCCGGAGCAUUAGCUGCGUCGGCACCCAUUCUCCAGUUUCCUGGCAUAACCGACUGUGAUAUAUUCUACAGGAUCGUAACAUCGGUUUUUCAGAAUGCCUAUAAUUCCAAUUGUACGACCAACAUUGGCCGAUCGUGGAAGACUUUUGAGACGCUGGGUGGCACCGAGGCAGGAAAGAAACAAAUCUCCGAUGCUUUCAAUCUGUGCCAUCCUAUCAAGAACGAUGCAGACCUGAAGAAUUUCCUGGAUUACAUAGAGGAGGUCUACGGGAAUCUGGCUAUGGUCAACUAUCCGUACAACAGCAGUUUCCUGGCACCGCUACCGGCAUAUCCAGUGCGACAGGUCUGCUUUUAUCUUAAGGAUCUGCACCAGAGCGAUGCCGAUCUGCUGCAUGCCAUGGCCAGUGCCCUUGCUGUCUACACAAACUACACUGGCUCUGUCAAAUGCCUGGACACUUCUGUCAACUCAAAUGCUGACGAUUCCGGCUGGAAUGUACAGACAUGCAACCAGAUGGUCAUGCCAUUCUGCUCCAACAGCACCGACUCUAUGUUCCGUCCAUCGAGCUGGAACUUUAAGGAAUUUUCCGACAAGUGCUACAAGGACUACCGUCUAACACCCAAGCCAUACGACAUAAUCCUACGUUAUGGGGGCAGGAAUAUUGAGACGGCCACCAAUAUCAUUUUUAGCAACGGCUUGCUGGACCCAUGGAGUGGUGGCGGUGUUUUGCAAGCCCCAAAUAAUAAGGUGGAUAUUAUUAUUUUGCCGGAGGGCGCACAUCACUUGGACUUGCGAAACAGCAACCCAGCAGAUCCUCCGUCGGUGCGCGAUGCGCGCAAUAAGGAAGCUUCUAUAAUAGCCCGAUGGAUACACGAGUUCUAAUUUUGAAAUAAUGGGUCAAUUCCUGCCCGCCCAGAGUUUAGCCCUAUUCGAACAAGCAAUACAAAGCCAUUAUAAUCAACCCUA